AUGGCUAUUUAGAAAAAGAGUUCUUAAAAAAAAUCAAGCAAAUCCAAGAAAAAAGACAAAAAAUAGAGUAAAUCAAGAGAUCGCGAAGGACAUCAUAAGAAAGACUAAAAGAAACUCAGUAAAAUAAUACAUCUUUCUUAGAUAUUUCAGCACUUUAAGUAAAUUAAAAUGACCAGACAUAAGGAGGGUAUUCUUCUUAAGAUGUAGAAAUUAUCUUUGAAUAUAACAACUUAUUAGAAGCACUCAAAUCAAGAUGAAAAAAAUGAUUAGCAUAAAAUGAAUGAUUCAACUGUUCCAUCUUAAUCGAAAUAGGAAACGCCAGCAUCUGCAUAGCAGCAACCUAUUUAAAUUCCUGGAUAGAAGUCCAAAUUCUAUGAACACUGGCAAAAGCAUAAAUAGUACGUUGGAACUUAGUAUCAGUAUCAGGAUGAAGAAGAAAAAAUGUUAGGAGAUUUUUCUAGCACUUAUGGCUGCAGAGAUUUCACGACAUAUUUCGGAUCAUAUGAUAUGAGUACUUUAACUUAAAAUGAUGUACUUGAAACAGCAAAGCUGAACGAUUAUGUGUUGCCAUAAACUGAAAGUUUUGGGAAAAGACAUUUUAUGAUUGCUUUUAGUGUGGAAAAAAACGGUUACUACAUUAAAGAUAUGGGUGAUGGAACAGGAACAUUUAUUAAGGUUGAUCAGUAAUUCAUACUGCGAAAUGGCCACAUUGUUUCAUUUGGUGAUUCUCAUAUGGUUGUUGGUCUUGUCUUAGAAAGGAAAGAAAAAGAUAACGCCGAUUCAGGUUUGAUAUCUGCGAGUAGUUUGAUGUAAUUGUCAGCUAAAAGAUUCUAAGAGAGAACAUUAAUUACUCAAUUAAUGGUUUAGUUCAUCGAAGGUCCUAAAACAAAAGAGACUUAGUAAGAUAUAAGUAUUUCAUUGCAUUAUAGUUCAUUUAAGUAAGAGGAAGUUCCAAUUCUGAUAGGACGAAGUCAUGAAUGUAAAAUCUGCUUUAAAGAGGGCAAUCUAAGCAGGAUACAAUCAAGAAUAGACUAUAUAGAUGAUAAAUGGAUUCUCAAAGAUGGAAAUGGUUCUAAGGCAAGUACAAAUGGCACCUGGUUAUUUGCUGGCGAAGAAGAGAGGAUAUAUGAUGGGAUGAUCUUCAAAGCAGGAGGCAGUCUUUUCAAAGUAUAAUUAACACAUCAAUGA